UAAUUUAAAUUCGUUUUAACGGGGGCUCAUUUGAACAGUCGUUAUGGGCUUCGCAACCUGUCGCACAAUGAGGCUUCCGUUCGCAAUUCUGCUUUUGGUAACGAGUGCUCUAGCUGCUGAUGUGUCCCGGUUCACCAAUAUCGAGUGUGAAUCUUUAGAUCCAUCGCGAUUGACAUUCCAGCAAUGCAAUCUCAAAAUGCUUGGUCGUGGCAUCGUCGGCUUGAACAUAUAUGCGACAUUGAUAAAUAAACCUUGGGACAAUGCGAAGGUUUCUAUCAGUCUUUGGCGGAAAUUCAACGGGUAUCAUCCAUUCCUUGUCAAUUCAACUUUUGACCUAUGCAAAUUAAUGGCGAAGCCGACACAGAAAAUGUCAUUUGCAACAAUAUUUAUGAGCUACAUGUUGGAAACCUCAAACUUAAAUCACUCGUGCCCAUACGAAAAUGAAAUAAUUGUGCGCAACAUGAUAUUCAAGGAGGAGUAUAUGAAGUUUGCCCCAUUGCCACAUGGCCACUAUAAAUUUCAGUUUAUGGCUGCCACCGACAACGAAUGGAAGGCUAUUAUCAAUGCGCAUAUAUUACAUCUUUCAUCGUAAAUAAUGUGCUAUGCAUAUGUCUCACAAUUGCAUUCGAGAGCAUGCCUAUACAGCUUGGAUAUAUCAAAAGCUAAUUCUUGUGAGCGAUCAAUAUUAUAAAUUCAAA